AUGCCCCCCAAACGCCAAGCAAGCAAAAACAAGAAAGGCUCAGUGUCCAAGGGUCCUGACUUGAGGAAGGAAAUGGAAGAUGUCAGCCGUGCAUCUAUACAGGUAGACUGGGCAAUACCCAAGGCGAAGCGGAAAAAUGAUUUUGACCGAAAAUACUUGGACGAUUACGCUCAGCCCUUGUACGCGAGAGAACCGGACGAGCUACGACCAACGCAAGCAGGCUUGCCCGAGGCUCAAAUACGCACGCCAAUUUAUCAGAAAGAUGCGAAGGACAUGGUUGCAGGGGAUGCGAAUCAAUCGAGUGCAGCAUUGCGCGACCUUUAUAAUGAGAUAAAGAGACUAAGCGCCAAGGAGCCAGACGGACUUCAUGACCUUGCCGCACUCACAGGACAAUUUGAAGAGGGGGAUGGGAAUGCUGCAGUGGUCCUAUCCAGAGCAGAGAACCAAGAAAUAUUCGUCUUGGACAAAGAACGACGUCUGCAAGUAACCGUCAAUGAUCAAACUGCUCACGUCGAUUUCAUCCGACGGGCACCAUCAGGCGCGGAGAACCAGAGGCUGGGCCAUUUUAUCGAAGUCCCCCUGGGGACAUCGAUUACCGUCAAUGGUACCACAUACACCAAUCAGGGCAGUUCUUCGCCUGCACCCUUUUUCAUUGGUCCUCUUGAGGACUUCGCCGUUGUUGAACUGCUUUCGCAGCCACUGUUCUUCUUCCGACAUGAAGGCAGCUUGAAGUAUAAGGCGACUACUAGGAAAGCUGCAAAAGACGAGAUGGAGCGUCGCGACAGGAACGGAGAUGUCGCUAGCGAGAAUGUGAUAAUCAGGUGGCUUCCAAUUGGGCCACCAGAGCAUACUUCGCAAGAACAUGGGAACGAACCAGAGACUAGCGAAUCAAUGUCUGAGUUUUUCCAAAAUCUCGCGAAUGAACAACUACAGCAUGAGGAGUCUGAGGAAGCCGAAGAAGUCGAAUAUUCCGACGCAUUCACUGACGACGGUCAAUCAAUCGAGAAUGCGUCUGACUAUCUUAAAACACACCUCAACCAACAUUUGCAAGAUAAAGUAGCUUCUCUUAUCCCCAGGGUGAUCGCUUCCGUCAACCACCGACAGCCAGAAAAUGCUGGGUUCACUUUCAUCCAUAACAGUACCUUCUUCCGAUCGGGAAGAACACUACUUACUGCCUUCACCCAACAGUCUGGUCGCCACCUACUCGUAGUCCAGAUCCGACAGCCCGAUAAAAGAAUCAGAGUCCUCGUCCUCUACCCACUGUUCUGGCGUAGUUCAAGGAGUCAUCGCGAUAAUAUCAAUCAAAAUUUGCGACGUUGGAUUUUGACAUCCGAAUCGAGCGAGCAAAUCACGGAGGAUCUACUCAUGGAUACCGAGUGGGUACCUUGUGCGCAGGCCACUAAUCACGAGGCUUCUUCCACAUAUACGAUCUUGAACGCGUGGACCUUAGCUAUGGGUUUAGAGCCCAACCCAGCAUUUACGCCAAAUCAUUAUGGUAACGAAGCUUUCUUCAUUCAAGCAGAGGGAGUUUUCCAUCUUGCUUUGGAGAAUGCAUUGACUUGGAAACUGCUUCUGUCAUUCCUGCGUUGCACCGGAUUCGUGAAGCAAGCUGUUACGAUAGAGGUUGAUGAUGAUGAAGAAGAAGAUGUUAACCUGCCAGCUAUGGAUCGCCGUUUUGAUCUGCGGAAGCGUCCUUUUGACACUCUGAUUGCUGAUCAGACAAAAGCCGACAAGACGUUCCCAGCAAAGAACAUAGAGACGAAGCAGACUCCCGUGCAGCUCGAAGAUGGUAUUUUUCACAGCGAAACACCCUCGUCAGAUUCGCUCUCGACCGAACAACUAAAUGAGCUGAUGUCCCUUGUGCGUGAAGGAAGAUGGAGACUGCAAGAUAUGGCAAAGCAGUCGAACCAACACCUUCCCGAGGACACAGAAAUGUCUGACGAGCCUACCGAGACUUUUUUGUCGCUGGAAGAUUCACCUGCUCAGCCUCCUCAAUUGGAUACCUUUCCCGUACCAGCUGAGUUCAACCCCUGCGAAUAUCUCCAUGAAGAGCUGGACAAGCUAGCCAAUGCUAAUCAGAUCACUCAGAACGGUCUGUCAGAAGCACUUGAAACAGAGGUACCCCCGUUGGGCAAGAGCGACACCCGAGAUAGCAUAGCAUCUGUCGUCCGAGCCAUCAACCAACGCCAUCCUCCAGGGGCAGGUUUCGCCACCGAAUCCUCCUUAAAUGAGGUCGAAUCUUCCUUCACCAUAGGUGGAGACUUAAUUUCGGUAUACAUGCGAGAGGCAACCAAAACCCACAAUCUCUGCAUCCUGACGCAAAACCUCGGACCCAAGAAGAAUUCCCACACCGUCAUCGACUCUGCACCUUGGCUAACAAGUAAGGAAGCCAGAGAUGAUGUACGUACUCGUCUCGUCUACCAUAAACCCAUGAUGGGGCCUCUUAAGUGGUUUUUUGCACCGCAACAGGCGCACGAGCAUCAUGACGGAUAUCAUGUUGUUCUUAACGCAUGGAGUAUCUUGCUGAAUUUGCCUUUGAACAGCGAGGGUUUCGUUUCGAGCCCAGAGUUCAUCCGCGAUGGACAUAACGUUAUUCAGGCUGCGCUGCGCGGUGAGGCCGACUGGCUGCUUAUCUGGGCUUUGCUGCGCUGUCAUGAGUAUGUAGCUUCGACAGAGGCACCGGAGCCAGGAAGAAGAUUUGCUAGAACGAUACCGGAGAGUGAGCAAUACGCGUAUGAAGAUUUCAUGGUAGCAAAAGCGGGGGAGAUUGCCGGGGAGGCUGUCAAUGUGUGUGAUCUGUUUCUCACCGGAUCACUCCAAAAUCACGACGAUUCAUUCCGUUGGGACCGUCUUGAUACAGAGGAUCGAAACAUAAGGAUUCCGGAAUUGCAGCGCAAUAGGCUUUUCGACAGCACUUUGUCUCGCGAUGAGAUUCGAAAGCUGUAUGCCCCACCGAGUAAAUCUCUCAGCCCGUGCGAGUCCCUGCGAGAAACUCUGAGUAAGCUACUAGCAAACGAAGAGGUAAAGAAGGCGCUGGAAGAAUUUCGAAGCAAAGAUAUAAUAGCGACAGAGAAGGGGGAGUGGCUAGAUGAUGCGGAAGUCGCACUUGCCAUGAGCGCCGUCACCAUGGCCAUCAACAAGAUGCAGAGUAUCGAAGAAGGAUUCAGCAUCGUUCAAAGCCAGUUCGUGCAGACAUGCCAGGCUAUAGAAGGGGCUGAUGUGGAAAACAUCAUGCUCGACGCUCUUCGUCCUGGUCGGCCACUGCUCGCUCCGAUCGCUUUUAAGAACCAUAUUAUUCUUCUCCUUGCCCAAUUAGAUGAACAAGGCCGACCGACAAUCUCCUUCUUGGAUUCAUUGUCCUACCAUUACAAUGCACAAGACCGCCAGGUAUUGUUCCAAAUUGGCUGGCAGGUUCUGCGUGGUUCUUCUUGGUGGCGGGGUGUCUUCGCGGAUAAGAAGGCCUUUGAGAAGAUGAAGCCAAAGUUCGCGACGUGGGUAGAGACGGCUCGCCAACCAUCUGCGAACGAAUGCGGAUACUUUACGAUCCUGAAAGCAUGGGGUCUGGCCAUGGGAUUGGAGCUCAAUCCAGAUGUUCGACUGCGAUGGACUGAUUCGUUCUUCCAAGAGGUGCAAGACAUCGUGCACCUUGUGCGUCUCGGACAUGCAGAUUGGAAACUCCUCUCUAGUUUCCUGCAGUGCCACGGCCUUUUUCGAGAUGGCGUUGUACCAGAGAACAGGCGCUUUGCUAAGACUCAUGCGACACGGCACGAGGCAAAGUUUGAUGAUGUUCUAGGAAACAACCUAGCUUCGGAAAAGUUGCACUGGGCUAAGCAAAAAUAUCAGACCGAAGCGUUGAAUCGCAUCCGUAAUGCGAACCGCAUUCCAAACUUGACUGGAAGACCGCAUAACGAGAAGAAAGCGUUCCCUUCUGACGAGUGGGUUGAUCCCAUAAAGAAGUAUGAAUACGUGCCACGACUGCAACGUUUCGAUCUUGUCAACGUCAACCAUAGGGAGAGGGAAAUUGAGACAGCCUUUAGAAACCUGGCCAAGACCCGAGUCGAAAACUGCAUGAAGAAACUGCCACCAGCAAACUCGCAGUCUAGCGCAUCUAGCCAGGAAGCAAUUGUACAAGUAAUCCGUAACGAGAUCAAUUCGCAUUACGAAGGCAUGGACUCAGACAUCCAAAAGGAGCCCGGCGAAUGGGUCGAAGACACCCUUGAUUUCUACGACCAAAUUCGAAAGACCCCCAAGGUCCAGCAGAUGCUGAACAACAAGGGUGUCGCGAGACCAAAUGACUGGCAACGUCUCAUGGACGAUUCUGAUUUGAACCUUGCCAUGGCAUCUGUCCUCGAAGCCAUCGACAACCUGCAGUCAGGCCUUCAUGCAGCGUCAGGAUCGCAAUGCCCCUUUGCCGGUGGUUUCGCCUUGACAACCAGCACCGCCCUCCAACUGGCACUGAACGGUAUCGAAAGCACCCCCUUCUCACGCCCCCGAAGGGCCUGGCUCAUUCCACUUGUUGCAACCAAGAACGGACUACUAGAGCAACUAGAAGUCUGGGCCAAGACGAACGGCAAGACGUACAGGAGUCCCACUGGACGAGCAGGUGGUCACUCAUUCCUCGUCCUCAUCCAAGAAGUCCUCAACACCGACUCCGGGAACCCCGCUGAGACGUGUUUCGAAACCCACAUCUUCGACAGCUGUCUCCGUAUCUUCACCAACGUCCGAGACUUCUUCCGUGUGCGCGUGGAAACCGCCGCUGCAUCGACAAACUGGUCGACGCACCGCAACGAAUUCGGCGCCGUGCAAUUCGAUGGUGGCGUCACCAUCCACGAGGAUCUGCCUCAACAGCUGGCCGGUGGAUUCCAGUGCGGUCACCACGUUCUGAUCAACGCCUGGAUCAUAGCCAUGGGCCUUCACUUCAACCCCGAAGCCAAAUUUACCACGGACAUUUACAAACAGCUCUACACGCUUUCUCAAGCUGCCCUAGCUGGUUUCCUCGACUGGCGCACGCUGGUUGCGUGGUUCUUCGCGCAGGAGCUCACCGUUGAGCGCAGUUUCGGUGCUGUUCCUGAAAAUCGCCGGUUCGGACAUACCGCUGUACAACGCGAUGAGGGCGCCUUGGGAGAGAGGAUCGCAGAGCAGUAUGCAGACCAAGAUGCGGCGCUGGAGAUGCAUAGUCUGGCGCAAGUGCCGUAUGAUUAUUCGAAUAACUUUCAUACUGAGGAGAGUGACGGAGAUGAUGGCGAUAGUGCGGAUAGUUUGUUUGGGCUGCAGAGGCGUGUUGAUGACGCUGAAGGGGAGUUUCUGGAGAAGCGUAGGGGGAUCAAGAGGAAGUGGACGGAGGGUUUCAGGUUCUUGGAUCGGUAUGCUGAGCAGGAUGCAGGAGCUCAGGCUGGGAAGAAGCGGAAGCUGCUUGGCCAUUUGACUCCGAUGGAUGUGUAA